AUGGAGGCGGCCUCGCCGGCUGGACCCCGCGCCCCGCAACGGUACGCGCCAGGAGGGGCGGGCGCGCUGGGGAGCCUGCUGCGCGGGCUCAGAGGCCAGCUCUUCACCUGGCAUAUCUUGAAGACAGUUGCCCUGGGUCAGAUGCUGUCCUUGUGUAUAUGUGGGACAGCCAUCACCAGCCAGUACCUGGCAGAAAAAUACAAAGUGACCACCCCCAUGCUUCAGAGCUUUAUCAACUAUUGCUUGCUGUUUCUAUUUUAUACAGUGAUGCUGACAUUUCAAUCAGGGAGCGAUAACCUUUUAUCCAUCUUGAAGAGAAAAUGGUGGAAGUAUGUCCUCCUUGGGUUAGCAGACGUGGAAGCUAAUUACCUGAUCGUCCGAGCGUACCAGUACACCACUCUAACCAGUGUCCAGCUUCUGGACUGCUUUGGGAUCCCUGUGUUGAUGGCGCUCUCGUGGUUUAUUCUUUAUGCAAGAUACAGAGUGAUCCACUUCGUCGCUGUGGCUGUAUGUCUGCUGGGCGUGGGAACGAUGGUCGGUGCAGACAUCCUGGCAGGGAGGGAAGACAAUUCAGGGAGUGACGUCCUGAUUGGUGACAUCUUGGUCCUUCUUGGGGCUUCCCUCUAUGCUGUUUCUAACGUGUGUGAAGAAUACAUUGUGAAGAAGCUGAGCAGACAGGAGUUUUUAGGGAUGGUGGGCUUAUUUGGAACAAUUAUCAGCGGCAUACAGCUAUUGAUUGUGGAAUAUAAGGAUAUUGCCAGCAUCCAGUGGGACUGGAAGAUUGCCCUGCUGUUUGUGGCGUUUGCCCUCUGCAUGUUUUGCCUGUACAGCUUCAUGCCACUUGUGAUUAAAGUCACCAGUGCCACCUCUGUGAACUUGGGCAUCCUGACAGCUGACCUCUACAGUCUUUUCUUUGGACUCUUUCUGUUUGGCUAUAAGUUCUCCGGGCUCUACAUCCUGUCCUUCUCUGUCAUCAUGGUGGGCUUCAUUCUGUACUGCUCUACCCCGACGCGCACGGCGGAGCCCACAGAAAGCAGCGUGCUGCCCGUCACCGGCAUCGGGAUUGACAACCUAGGGCUGAAGCUGGAGGAGAACCUGCAGGAGACCCACUCAGCCGCCUUGUAGCUACAGAGGAAGGCGC